GAAGAAGAAGUAGUAUAAAUAGUAGUAGUAGUAGUAGUCAUCGUCGUCGUAGUUUGUAACCUUUGAAUAUACGCAGCGUGUGAGAUAUACUGAAAGUCUGCAUUUAGAUUCUUUCAGAUACACCUUUUGUUUUUAAAAUGAGCAUCCCGGUGGUGGACUUCGCCGCGUACGGCCUGAGUGAGAAAGAUGUUACUGACGAGCAAAUGCACAACUUAAGCAAACAGUUGGAAACAGCUUUUACAGAAGUUGGUUUCGUUUUUCUGAAGAACACUGGGAUCACUGAGGAGGAGGUGGAUCGUGUUAUGGACAUGUCCAAGAAAUUCUUCCUGCAGCCAGAUGAACUGAAACAACCCUUCAGCAGGAAAAGCUUUGCCAACAAUCCUAACCACGGCUGGGUGUCUCUGGAGACUGAGAGGUUGAAUCCAAGUCAACCUGGAGACCUAAAGGAGGCAUUCAACACUGCUUCACUUCACCCUGACAUGAAAUGGCCUUCAGGGGCUGUAACCGGGUUCCAGGAGAUCCAGACGCAUUUCUUCCAUCGCUGUAAAGAGCUGAGUCUGCGGGUGCUGAGGGUGAUGGCCCACAGUCUGGGUCUGGACCCCGAGGUGUUCCUGAGUGCACACCGUUUUAUAGGAACUGAUGAGAAUGGCUCAACACUGCGGUGUCUGUACUACCCAUCAGUAAACCGGGAGAAAGUGAAGGAGGGUCAGUUGCGAUGUGGAGAGCAUUCGGACUACGGCAGCAUCACCUUGUUGUUUCAGAGCUCUGAAGGUCUGCAGGUGCGUAGACGUUCAGGUGAAUUCAUCUGUGCUCCCAGCAUCCCCGGAGCAGUCCUCAUCAAUAUCGCUGACCUGAUGCAGCGCUGGACCGCUGAUCAGUUUGUCUCUGUGGUCCACAGAGUGUUGCUGCCACCUGUUGGAGACUCCAGCACACGUCAGUCUAUAGCUUUCUUCGUCCAACCGGAUGAUGAGGCUCUGAUCACCUGCUGCGACAGCUCUAACAAAUACCCUCCGGUUAAAGCAGGUGCUUACCUCAUCGAGCGCUUCAAUGACUCGUAUGGACGAAACUGAAUUUUUACCAGUUAAUGUAUACAUAACUGUUGACGUAUAAACGUGUCGUCAUUUUGUCAACAGAGGUCUCAGUUAUCCUGUUGAGCUUUAAAGACAUGCCUGGAAAGUCUUUUAUCAUGUUUUAUCAUAGUUACUUUCGUCUUCCCUUCCCACAGUGUUUUUACAUUUUUAAUUCCAGUUUGAAUAUGAUUUGAAUCAUUUGGCUCACUGAUUAGCUAAAAAACACAUUGUGUAUAAUAAAAAGAGACAAUAACCUCGAA